CGCGGGGGCGGCGGCGGCGGCCCCGGGGAAAGUUCCCGGCAGGACGCGGCGGGCGCAGGUAGCGCUGGACUGUCCCUAUGGCGGAGAAAUUGGAUUCCCGAGAUUCAGAGAGCAGCUGGGUGCUGGCAGGCAGUGAGGGUCUGCCCAUUGACACGGUGGGCCCAGAGCAGGACUCAGCCUCCCACGGGUCUGAUGAUGAAGAACCGGAGGAGGAGGAGGAGGAUGAAGGCACCCAGGACACAGUCACAGCUGUGACUGCCAAUGGUGCCACCACCGCCCCCAGCCAGAGCUUGUGCCCUGAGGGCCGCGAGCAGGGGUGCCUGUGUCUGCAGGAGCCAGAGCAACGUGAGGACUCCAAGGCACGGGCAGAGCCUGCCCUGGAUGGCUCUGCAGAGCCCAGCGUGUUGGAGGACGAUGAGCAGGAGGAGCUGAAGGCUGAGGCUGAGCCACAAGCCCGCCCUGACACCCCCGCAGCAGGGCCAACAACAGAGGACAUGUCCUGCACCAGCAGUGACGACAACAUGGAGGGGCUGCGGUGGCGGCCGGGCCACAAGCCCCGUCCUGAGCCCGCCACUGUCACACCUGCCCCACAACGGGGGACACCACACACUGGUGAUGACGGGCUCAGUGUGAGCACGUACCUGCUGGGGGCCUUGGCCGUGGUUGUUGUGGGGCUGCUGAUCAUCACUGGUGGUAUCUACGACGUGGCUGACGGCCCUGUGGAGAGUAUGGGGAGCUGGGACGUGGCUGCUGGGGAGCAGGAGUCGCUGCUGUCCAUAGACAGCAAUGACUCCCAGCAGCAGCAGCCCCCUCUGCCCGACGAUGGGGGCACGCAGAGCAUGCAGUCCAUGAGCCAGCUCCUGGACAAGCUGGCCAAGGAGAACCAGGAGAUCCGGCUCAUGCAGGCAGAGCUACAGGCCCACAAGGAGGAUCUGCAGGCGCUGCUGCACAAGAGCCAGGGCGAGGCGGCGGCGGCCGGGGCGCAGCAGCAGAGCCUGGCCACGGAGAACGCGCGGCUGCGCACGGCGCUGGAGCGGGAGGUGACGGCGCUGCGCCAGGCCCAGGCUGAGCUGCGGCGCCUGCAGGCCACGGGGAGCCCUGGCAGCCCCAGGGAGCCACGGGCAGAGCAGCAAAGUGCCACGGGCGUGCCAGGGCACGGCAAAGCCGCGGCACGGCGGCACGGCAGCCUGGACUCGCUGCGGCAGGAGCUGGCGGACACCCUGGACCGUGUGCGGGGCUCUGGGGAUCUCAAGGGGCUCGUGGAGGAGCUGAGCGCCCUGGAGCAGCACCUGGCCCAGGUGCUGGAGGCAGACAGGUCCUUCUCCACACCCUGGAAGAAGCCAUCCAAGGUGGAGAAGGAGAGCAAGUGGCACAAGCAGCAUGGUGCCAGGGGAUCUCCCCACGAGCAGGAGAGGAGAGAGCAGGGCAAGCCCCACAAGAAGGAGCCCCGAGCCCCUCGUGAGCACAAGGCAGGCAAAGCCUGGGGGAAGCCAUCUCACAGCCACCCCCGGCACGAUUCCCAUGAGCUGCCCUGGCUCAAGCGGUACCGGGCACCCCAGGGCUGCUCUGGGGUGACUGACUGUGCCCACAAGGAGGGCCGGGAAGUGCUGGGGGUUGCCCUGGAGCCGGUGCAGAAGGUGCAGUUCCUGCAACUGCUGGAGAGCUUCAUGGGGCAGCUGGGCUUGGGGAGACAAUUUGGGAGGCUGGCACCGCAGCUCGAUGGCGCCUUCAGGGCUGACGGUGUCUUUGCCCACGACCGCCUGCGGUUCGUGGAUUUUGUGGAUGAUGUGGAGGAUCUGCUGGAGGAUGUGGCGUGGCAGGAGCAGGGUGACAAGAAGGCAGCUGACGGCUUUGAGGAGUUCAUGCUGCAGCACUACAGGGGCGCCUCCGGGAACAUGUGGAGCCAGAGAGCCCCAAGGCAGCAUGGCACGCGUGGGUAGAGCCAGGGGGGCAUUUGUGUGCCAGCCCCCCCACACAAGGGCUCCCCACAUGCUGUUUAUGGGGUCUAGGGGUGCCCCACACCCUGUAGGGCCACGUAGGGCCACAUCCCUAACCAAAUGCACUGUGUGACGCUGCACUGCCACCUUGAAUAAAGUCACUGCUGG